AACGAGACGCAGAAGUUUGGCCCUAGGCGUUGCCGUACCGUCCUGGCGGCGAGUGGCGUCCUGGUUUUAGUGGGUGUUCGUCCCGGUGUCAACUGUUCUAACGCCACCGUUGCUACCGCCAAUAUGAACCCGGAGAGUUUCGCGGCCGGUGAGAGGCUGGUGUCGCCCGCCUACGUGCGGCAGGGCUGUGAGGCCCGCCGCACGCACGAGCACCUCAUCCGGCUGCUUCUGGAGCAGGGCAAAUGUCCAGAGGAUGGUUGGGAUGAAAGUACACUCGAACUCUUUCUACAUGAACUGGCGAUCAUGGACAGCAACAAUUUCCUGGGCAACUGUGGUGUGGGAGAACGGGAAGGGAGAGUGGCUUCGGCGUUAGUUGCUCGGCGUCAUUACAGGUUCAUUCAUGGAAUUGGACGAUCGGGUGAUAUUUCUGCUGUGCAACCAAAAGCUGCAGGUUCUAGCCUUUUGAACAAAAUUGCCAAUUCUUUGGUCCUGGACAUCAUAAAGAUGGCUGGUGUCCAUACAGUGACCAAUUGCUUUGUAGUGCCUAUGGCAACUGGUAUGAGUCUAACUCUGUGUUUCUUGACAUUACGACACAAAAGACCAAAGGCAAAGUAUAUUAUAUGGCCACGAAUAGACCAGAAGUCCUGCUUUAAAUCCAUGAUCACUGCAGGUUUUGAGCCCGUGGUGAUAGAGAACGUUUUAGAAGGCGAUGAGCUGCGCACAGACCUGAAAGCAGUAGAAGCUAAAAUCCAGGAACUUGGGUCUGAUAACGUGCUUUGUGUUCAUUCUACUACAUCGUGUUUUGCUCCAAGGGUACCUGACAGAUUAGAAGAACUGGCUGUGAUUUGUGCUUCUUAUGGUGUUCCACAUAUAGUCAACAAUGCUUAUGGAUUGCAGUCUUCAAAGUGUAUGCACCUCAUUCAGCAGGGGGCUCGGGUUGGUAGAAUAGACGCUUUCGUUCAGAGCUUGGACAAAAAUUUUAUGGUUCCAGUAGGUGGCGCUAUAAUUGCUGGCUUUAAUGAUUCCUUCAUUCAGGAAAUCAGCAAGAUGUAUCCAGGAAGAGCUUCAGCUUCACCUUCUUUAGAUGUCCUUAUUACUUUAUUAUCACUUGGAUCAAAUGGCUAUAAGAAGCUAUUAAAAGAAAGAAAGGAAAUGUUUUCAUAUUUGUCUAUCCAACUGAAGAAGCUGGCCGAAGCCUACGAUGAAAGACUGCUGCAUACACCUCACAACCCCAUAUCUUUAGCUAUGACACUUAAGACACUAGAUGAGCACCGUGACAAAGCUGUCACUCAGCUUGGCUCAAUGCUUUUUACCAGACAGGUUUCUGGAGCCAGAGUUGUGCCUCUCGGGGCUGUGCAAACUGUGAGUGGCUACACUUUCCGAGGCUUCAUGUCACAUACAAAUGAUUACCCUUGUGCCUACCUCAAUGCUGCGUCAGCCAUCGGAAUGAAGACACAGGAUGUGGACUUGUUCAUAAAGAGACUGGACAAGUGUUUCAAGAUUAAUUUAGAAAGGUCUCUAAUGCUACUAAUUUCUAGAUGUUUGUGGAUGUAUGCAAGUCACAGUGUGCCUGUAAAAUGGACACUUCCCAGAGACGCGUAGGCAAGGGAUUACAACAGUGGUGACAUCCUAUCCAGAGCCCAACUGGAAGGCGGGACAACCCAACCCAUGUCAGGAACAUCAGAUUGAACUUGUAUGCGAAAUCCUUCCCCAAAUAAUGAAACCUGAACACCCCCAGAAGCCAUGGGCAAGCAAACAUCAGUCUGAGGAUUCCUUCGCCUCAUCUUCAUUGCACUGCGGAGCAUCUCCAGAUAGCAGUGCAGUUGCUGGAUCAGUGGAGUUAGCCUUGGAGCAACAAGAACUUGCUGGGAGAAAUCAGAUCUUCCAAACUGAACAUGCUUGGCAACAGUUGGGUAAGACUACAGCAUUGAGUACUGACAGUGUAGCAUCAACAAUGGCACAGAAAAUACCGUCAGUUUUUGGACAUACUGAGGAGCACAAAUCACCAGGCUCAAGAUGCAAAGAAGAAGCUUCUGACAGACCAAUAAGCUGUUAUCCCUGAGUAACCUGUUACAAGAUAAGUCUGGCAAGGUCCUACCAAUGCAGGCUUUUCGAAGGUACAGUAGGUGAUAGCUCCUUGAAUCCUAGAAUUAGCAUGAUCAUAGCAGUGCUGAGCACUAGUAAUAGUGGCGAGUGAAAAAUCAGACAACAAAUUCUCUUGGGUAGCGCCACACAGAUCUUCAAUAACUCUCUCUGAAUACCUAGCAUCACCGUUUGUGUGAAUAAUUAUCUACAAACAUGGCAGAGGUCUAGAACGACCUCAGAGGGAGUGUCCUGAGAGAGAACAAGUACUUUGGAUACAAACACUGCUAUAUAUGCCUUCAGGAGUACAGACAAGUGCCAGUUGGGGCUUGUGAGCAAAGACCUCACGUUAUGAUGAGCUUGACAAGGAGAGGUUUGGCAAAAUUCUGUGGUUUUCUUUACCUCAGUGAUUGUUGUCCUGAUUGUGCCUAGAGGCUUCAGCAUUCUUAGUAAGGAGUCCACGUCAGGUGCUUGCACCUCUUGACUAUCAACCCUGGUAAUGUUUAGCCUCCUCAUUAGCUGGGUGGCAUCAGGACUUAUCGUCGCAAUCUUACAAAAAGUAACUUACAAAUGAGCACCUCCCUGAGUGAUAUGUCUGGCUAAGCUAUAACAGGAGUCAACUUGAGCUUAAAUGCUAGAUGGAAGGUCUCAUUGACAUCAAGCAGAUUAUAAACGGCCUUAGUGACCCACCUGAGGGUUGGAGAAGAGUUGGUAUGUAAGAGGCAACUCUGAUAUACCUGGCUACAGACAAGACUUUGCCUCUAUAUUUUUGCCCCAUGUACCAAAAUGGCACAAAUAUAAACAGUCCAGGGAGAGAGGCAAUAUGGCUUAGGGACAACUUCUCCAAGUGUUUAGGCGAUUGACCCGAGUCAAGAAGAGUACCCAAUUCUUUAACUUCUUGAGCAAAUGAUAAGAAGAUUUCUUCUGCCAGUCUAUAGGACACUGCAAUUGCUGGAUCGCCUUCCCGUGACGGCAUAUGAGUAGUAGUCUCAGUUGGCAGUUUUGAGAAAGGAAUCCCUGGAUAAAUAGUCUCCAGCUUAAGCUACACCCCUUCUCUAAGAUCUCACGGGUAUAGGAGUUGCAUGACAGUGUUGGGUAGAACGCUUCUUCUGGAGCUCAUGACAGUGCAGUAUUGAGGCAAGGAGGUUGAAACCAUGUAUGAAUGCUGCUUGAAAAUGUAGCACAUGGUCACGUUGCAAUUUGGCAAAGUCUGCCACGUAGUCAGUAGUGAACAUGACAUGCGUUGAUACAAUGUUUAAGGACCCAGUGAGUCCAGAUCGGUCAUCCGAAGCUGUUGGCAGCCAGUUGUCAGCAUUCCACCCAACACUAGGAACAUCAGGUAGAAUCACACCCUUGUCCUCAAGCAGGCAAGAUAAUAAUUGCUUCAAGUUUGGGCCAACAGAUCUGAGGAGCUUAAACCAGUCACAUGCGGCUGUGAGGUCUUCAGCCAUCUUGCCUAGCUUUCCCUCUGAUAGGCCCGUAAUUGCUUCUUGGUUUAUCUUAACAAAUGUUUGUGAGCCUAUAUAACCCAGCAUCGUGGUUCUAGCUAAGUCUCCCCCUUUUAACCCAGCAUCAUGGUAGGCCUUAGGUUAACUGGUGUCCGGCUCUGUUUCUUUAACCACCCCGUAAUGAGAACUUUAAUGAGGCCUAAGCUAUAGGAUGUGCUUUUAUUUUUAGACGAUAUGCCUAGGAUAGGUUUUAGUAAAAUUUACAUUAAACAAAGGUAAUUUUUUUUAACCAGUGAUGUUACUUUAAUAUUGAAUAAGUAGCUCACUGCGAGAGUUAAAUUCUUGUGUUCUUUCAUGGAGGAAAAUAGCCAACAAUUGACACCACUGCUGAUCAGUCUCAUUUUAUAUACAUUCAGAGGAAUUGUUUUGCAUACAUACCCUUUGGUGCAUUUAAAAGUUGGGUUUUCUUUUCCCACUUUCUAAGAUGUACUGAUUCCUGCCAAGCCUUUAAAUGGUUUUGUUAUCCUGUGCACUUCAUGAGGCCAACCUUACUUUGUAACUAAAAAGUAAUCCAGUUUAUGUACAACAAGCAUGUCAAACUCAAAGGCUAACACAGGCCAAAUAAACGAGGCAUGCGGCUCGCGGACCGUGGGUUUGACAUGCUUGAUGUUCACAGAAGUUUGAUAGCCUCUGAAUAGUUUGAUAAGAACAAUCAAAUUUGCUGGUAACAGUAAAAAAACCCAAGACCUCCUGUGAACUGUUUUCGUCCUUAUCUGUCACAUUAUGUGGAUUAUAUGCCUUUUAUGGCCGGCCGCUCAUAAUAUACAGGACUAAGACUUACCCACUGCAUCUUUUAGUGCCUUUCUUUUUUCACCGUCAUGCUCCUUUUGGCCAUUAUAGUAUAUACACAUGUAAGAUGAUGAGUUCAAGGCUAACAAAUAUAUCUUUAUAAUUUCCUACCUAAUAUUCUACAGUUCAAUCUAAGGCCUUAUGCAGAAUGGAAAUCUAUUCUUUUUAUCAAGUGGUAUCAACUUGAACUUUUAGAGAAAUGUAAAGAAACACUAUGUUUAACUGUGUAAUUGUGGGGGGUUUUAGCCAUUAGAAUUGAAGCUGACAUCAGCCUGCUAACCUAUUUGUUUUACUAAAGGAGAAAGAUGUUUUCAAAAAUAUUUUUUGCUGUAGACUGU